AUGGAUGACGAUGACCUGCUGGGCGCGAUGCUGGACUUUGAGGACGUUGGCGCCGCGGCAGCAGGCGUGGGCCUGGCGGCACCGCCGCUGUCCGCCACGCCGCCACCGCAGGCAGCACCAGUCCACAUCCUUGCGCAGCACCCAGUGCCGAGCUCUCCCCAGGUGGCCAGCUCGGCGCCCUCGCCGACGGCCCCCGCCGCCCGCCCCUCGCCCUCGCCCUCCGCGGCCUCUGCCGCCGCGCUGGGGCAGGCCCGCCAGCCCGUUGUGCUCACCUCAGAGGGAGAGAGGAGUUACAUGCUGAUGUUUGGCAUGCUGGCCGCCUCGGUGCCGGAGAAGAAGGCGGAGCUGAAGGGACUGGUGGAGCGGUACAGAGCCUCCACCGCACAUAAGCCUCCCGCCGAGGUCCAGGCCGGCUUUGUGCUGCUCAAGGAGUCUGUGCGGCGGCUGUUUGGGGCGCAGCUGUACAACCAAGCUAAGGAGAAGUUCCAGCAGCAGCAGCAGCAGCAGCUGCUGCAGGCACGGCAGCAGGCAGCGGCGGCAGCGCCGCGUGCCCCGCCACCCUUCCCUGCCGGCGGCCUGGUCACCGGCCAGCCGGCGCCGCCAGCGGCGCAGAAGCAGGCGGCGGCGGCGGCGCGGCAGGCGGCAACCCCGGCCCUGCAGCAGCAGCUGCAGCAGCAGCAGCAGUUGCAGCAGCACCAGCACCAGCAGCACCAGCAGCUGCACCAAAUGAAGCUUCAGCAGCACUACAUGGCUGCUAGCGCGGCAGCGGCAGCAGCCAAGCGCCCGGCAGACGGCGCGGGGGAGCAGCCGGCGGCCAAGCGCCCCAAGCCGGCGGCGGCGGCGGCGGCGGCCAAGCGGCGGGACGACGAUGUGGGGGUGACUGUGGAUGCUCUGAUCGAUUAUGACGAUGAGACGGAUGCGCUCAUGCAGGGCCUGCAGAAGGCUCGGUUUGAGGGGCGCCUGAAGCCGCAGACGCAAUCCAACCAGCAGUUCCUAAGGUGCGUGCACGCCACCGGGCUGGUGGCGCGCGCGCUGCGCUCGGCGCAGCACCGCCAGGAUGCUGCGCGCCGCUCUGCAGACAUGACGGUGACGUCUGACCCGCGGCGGGGGGUGACGCAGAUUGAGCGGCGGGAGAAGGUCAAGGCGGAGGCCAAGCUGGAGGUGGAGCGGGCCGAGCUGCUGCGGCUGGCAGGCAGCAAGAAGGCGGAUGAGGAGACGAAGGAGCGAGCUCAGAAGGCCAAGGCUGAGCUGGUGGGCAAGCAGCAAGCCAGCCUGGCCAACGCGGCGGUGGCGGCCACGCUGGGUGGAAAGUCCAAGGGCAAGGUCAACAAGUGGGACAAGUGGGCCUCGGCGGGGGCGGCAGGGGACGGCCAGGGCGAGGGCGCCGCCGCGGGCGGCGCCGCCGCGGGCGGCAAGGGCAAGAAGGGCGGCAAGAAGGGCGGCAAGAAGGGCGGCGGCGGCGCGGAGGACGGCGAGGGCGGCGAGGGCGGCAAGGGAGGCGAGGGCGGCGCCGCCGCCAAGGUGGAGAAGGCGCCCGCUGCGCGCGGGCUGCUGGCGGGCGGCGGCGGCGGCGGCGGCGGCGACGACGCCUCCACCAUUCAUCUGCGCGACGUGAUUGGCACGCUGGAGCGGGACCCCAUGUACAGCCGCAGCGGCCUGCUGUACCGCCUGUACAACACCCCCCGCGCAGGCACCUCCACCGUCGCCCCGCUCUAA